CUUCUUUUCAAUGUUGCUUUCCCGAAUUUCAUUUCGAUUUAGUGCACUCUUUCUGACAACUGUUUUUCAUUGAGUCUCUUGCCAAAACAUUCCUAUGCAAGUGAGAGAAACAAUUUUGGAAAUUAAACUAUUCAUUGUUGGUCUUUAACGUGGCAGCGAUGUAGUGAUUUCGGAAAAAGUUCAUAAGAUUUAUAAGAAAAAGUGUUAUUUCUAAAAUAAAUAAUAUCGAAGUCACAAAAACAAUAUAAGCACUUUAUAUAGGCACACGACGCAUAUAAAUUGAAUAAAAGUGUUUAUCAUCAGCCAACAAUCAUUUAAUUUAAUUAAGAAACUAUUUUCGUCCGAGACCAACUGAAGAAGAAGAGAAGAUAUAGCAAAAUAUUAUUGCAACGACGAGUAAAAAAACGUUAACAUAUUUGGUAAUAAAGACAUCAUCAACAUCAUCAUCACUGUGACCUCUUUGUAGAUCAACUGGUUGCAAAAACACAAUUGAUGAACCUCGUUUGUCUAAAUUCUAAAUAUAAAAGCGUUAUAAGAGAAUUCGUCAAUGUGUGAACAUCGGGAAGGAUACAGAAUAUAGUUAUACGGGAGCAUUUAAAAUUGUAAAUAAACAGUUUUCAUAAAUUUCAACAUAACAUUAAAAGACAGCAAACAGAAAUUUAAAUAUUUUAGUUUUAAAAUUUUAUGAUAAGUAUAUAAAAUUCAUAUUUGAAAAAAAAAAAAAAAUAUGGUUUAAACACGUCAACAACAAAACAACAUCGAACCAGAAAAUCAUCAUUGAAAGAAACAACAAACGAAUUGAAAGUUAAUUAUAUUCGUAUUGAGUAUACGCGUUUCUCGUUCCAUACACAUAUAAAAUAAAUAAAACCGAAAAUAUACUAAAAUCACAUAAACGUACAAAUAUAAGCACAUGUGUAUAUAGAUAGCACUAUACAGAAAAUAUAUAUUAUAUGUAAAAUACGUACUUAUAAAUGAAUAAACUUCGAGGUCUUCCCAGCCACCCCCAGCAUCUAAAAGUCAACGUAACGUCGUCAGGAUCAAUAUAGUGGAAAUCACUAAAUAGAAAAUAAAAGAAAAAGCAGCUAAAUUCUACCAAAAUCUGUAUACAAAGUGCAACUAUUAAUUAGUAUAAAUUAGUAUAAUAUAAGGUUGGUUUGUAUUGAUACGAAUACAACAAGUACGAGUACGAGCAGCAAAGAACGUAAGAAAUUUAAACAAACUAUAAAAGAAAAAAGAAAAUUGAAAAUUAUUAUAAUCAUACAAUUCCCCGUCAAAUCGCCAUAUAUUUAAGUCAUAAUAAACAGCCUACAGGUCUACGAUCAAUUUGUUUUUUUUUUUCUUCAUCUAAUUUCGUGAAAUAUUUACCUACACACAUAAGCAACGUAUACUAUACCAAUUUUAUGAGAGUUGUUUAAAAAGAUAAUAAGGAAAAAGAUAAAUACGACACAAACAAGCUUGAAAGAGAUAAACGCAAAUUGCAAACUUGUUUUUUUUAUUUUUUUGUUGUUUUUUUUUUUCGUUACAAUAGCAGUUAUACAAACAACAAGUGAUACGAACAACGCACGUACCAAAAAUUAAAAUAUUGAAACUAAAGCAGGCAGCGCAGCAACACUUGAAAGCGACUGACGACUCGUUUCGAUUUCAUUAAACCAGAUACGAUUUGAUUAAAAAAAUACCUUGAAAUUAAUUGUCUACACAAUGUGAUAUAAAAAGAGAAGGAAAGAAAGAGAAAAAGUGAUAUUUGGCAGAUAUAUAAAAAUUAUCACUAGUAAUAUCGAUAACUUAAAUUUAAAAUUAAAAUUAUAUGUAAUAUAUAUAAUAUAUAAGUGAAAAAUUAAUUAAUAAAUUACACAUUUAAGUGUUGACGAAUAAUCAACGAAAAAAUACCCAACAAAUUGUAAAACAGAAAAUCUACAAGUGUGUGCACAAAAAUACCACAAAACAACUUACACAGAUGAUUUUAGCAAAAACAAAUAUUGAGUCCCAAGCAAAGCAAAAAGGAGAACGACAAGCGUACAAAAAAUAUAUAGUUGUCUCUUUUUAGUUCGUAUGCAUUAAUGCCACAAUACAACGACUAAGUUAUAUUUUGGUAGUAGUGACAGGCAGGCAGCAACAGUUAAAAGCAACACACUGCAGCAGCAGCCGAGUAAAAUCCAUGCCUACCUUAACCUAAUUAAAUAUUCUUAUUUUAAAAAAAGAAACUAUUUUAUUUCUUAUUUAUAAACAGUAAAUCUUAAGAAAUAAUUUAAGGACGUAAACGAUUUACCUACAGUUAUCAGUGACAAAAGAAUCUGUUCGUUCUAUGUUUAAUACAAUUCGCAAACGGAAUCAAAUCUCUGCGCUCAUCAUCUAGUUAUCAUCUACGCAAAUAUAAAUUUUAUUAUUUAUUGAAAAUAAAUAUAUACAUUAUACUACAAAAUAAUAAACAAGUUAUUUGUGAAAAGAAAGCUUUUAUAUUAAAUAUAUAGCUAAUGAACUGUAUAUGUGUGUGUGCGUGUAAAUACAUAAGCGAAUUAAACUAAGGAAAUUCCAUUUGAAAAAGAAUCACUUAUAUUAUAUACCCAGUUGAAAAUUAAAAAAUUAAUAUUGACGUGCCUAUCCGCUACUCUACUGCAUCGUCAAAUUUCUUAAAAAAGUUUUUUGUUUUUACUAAUGCGGAAGAGAAAAUUGUAGGAUCCCAAAAAUUCCAAUUAUUACUAAAAAAAAACGAAGCAAAUAAAACAGUGAGUAAAUAAAAUAGACUGUUAAUUUAAAAUAAUUAAUGAACUUGCAUUUGCAGUAAAUAUCUAUAAAGUAAAAUAAAAUCCUAUAAAAAAAAAACUCCAGUUACUUAUACGUCGUACAAGAUUCUAAAAAUAAGUUCUUGCACUGCAAAUUUCAAUUCCUAAAAAAAGAAGAAAACAACGAUUGCUAGCAAUAACUAAACAUAACUACAUAAUAAGAUAUAAAAUAAAAGUAUAUAAUUGUUCCAUCGACAUCAAUCCAGUCCAGAAAUACGUCACUUUAAAAACAUAAACAACAUUAACGGCCAAAAAACAACAACUCCAAUUCUUCCAAAUACUUUUUUACUUCCCACAAUAAAUAUAUUUACGUUGAAUAUCUUCCAACCGAACAGGACUGGCAAGUGAUUUUCUUUAAAUAUAAUUUUUAUUUGCAUUGCGUUAUGACAAAUUCUAUCGCUUCUGCAAAAUGCCCUGCUCUAUCGUCUGGAAACUAUGGAAUGUCACAAAAUCGAUUUACCGAUGAAACUAAAGAAUAUAUAUUUGUAAAGCUAACUGAUUCCGCAUUUCGCGCCGUAGAAGAAUAUCAACGUAAUAGAAAUUCUACCUGCUUUGGAAAUGGACAAUGUGCUACCAUCAAAUUCAUUGGUAACUCUGGGGUUAUUGACAUACCUACGCCAAAUAAUGGUGAAGGUAGAAAAUUUGGUUUUGCUAUCGAUGAUGUCGAAGGUUCUCUUGAAUGUAUACAGCAGCAACAAAAUGAGCUCGACGUACUCGGUUCCUUGUCCUAUCGCAUGCGGAUACAAGCUAAUGAUGACAUUUAUGAUACAACACGCACUAAAAUGGCCAUCGCUGAGGAGACGGAGAAAAGUAAAUGUAUUCGUGAAAUAAAACCAAAUCAAACCGAUAUUGGCCGUAAGGUGAAGAAACCAGCGUCAUCAUUCAAUCAAAAUAAUAAUAAUAACAGUAGUAGUUUUGUAAGCAAAAGCAUCAAUCGUAAUAAAUUAGGAUCAUUAAAUAAUUCUUCGCCAUUGCAUGCUACAACUAUUAGUGGUGGUGGUGGUAACUCAAAAUUUAGUAACAUAACGUCCUCCCGAUCUUCUCCAAAUACUACAGGUGCAGGAUUGAAUGCGAUAAAUAGUAAUAGUACCAACUCUCGUUACGGUAGUCAUAAUUCUACGUCGUCGUCAGGUACAUCGUCAGGUCUCUAUUCUCAAAACAAUACUUCAUCAUUAACAUCUGCUGCUUCUCUUUCAUCUGCUCUUGCUUUUGGCGUUUCUAAUGGUUAUGCUUUUACUGGUUCUCCAAAUGAAUCAUCAACAGCUAGUAAAUCAAAAAUAGCCAAUGGAAACAAUCACUUAUCCGGUACAAACGCAAAUCAGCGCGGAAACGGGAAUAUUGGUACAAAAGAUCAAAUAAUUGGCAAGGGUACAAGUAAUACAACUACAGGAAACAGUAAAUUGCCUGAUAUUUCUAGACGAAAAAUACGUGAAAGACUGGUACAUCUGCUUGCCUUAAAGCCAUUUAAAAAACCAGAGUUAUAUGAUCGUUUACGAAAUGAAGGUAUUAAAGAUAGAGAACGUUCCAUCGUAAGCACCAUUUUGAAAGAUAUAGCUGUAAUGUCACGCGAUAAUACUUACAACUUACGUAGGCAGAUCUGGAAUGAUGUUAAUGAAAAUUGGCCAUAUUACACAGAACAGGAACUACAACAAUUAAAACGUAGAAAACCACAAAACUUAACACCGCCAGUCAGUUCUGAUGCUGGCAGUUCAACGUCUGGCCAAAGUCCAACCUCAACUCAUACAGGUAGUCCUCCACCUUUAGUUGGAAAUGGUGUAAAUGGUAAUUUAAAACGUACUAGUCUAGAUAAUUACGAUGACAACUAUAGUACUGGCGUGCAACCAAAAAAACAACGAAUAAGCCAUUUUAAAAAGGAUACAGCGGGUAGUAGUAAUUAUAAUGCAGUGCGUUUGAAUUAUGGCAAUGUAAAUCAAGGCGCUCAAAUAGGAAAAUCGACAUUAUUUUCACCACUGAGUGGUAGUAAUACACAAACAGUAGAUGAGAAUUCUGGAAAUUCUGAUUUAAAUUAUGGCAUAUUAGAUAAUGCUGAUGACUUUAUGUCCAAUAUUGAUCAUGGAAAUAGUUAUUUUAGCAACACUACAAGUCGAGUAACUAAUAAUAAUAGAAAAACAAAUGCCAAUGCUGUAAAUAAUGUACAAGUAAAUAAAAAUGCGGACUUCACUAGAGAUAAACGUGGUUCAGGCAGCAGUAGUAACUUCUCAAAUACAUCAUACAAUUACAAUAACGAAACAAAAUCUAAAGUUUCAAAAAGCUCUCCAUUGCCAUAUGGUAAUAAUUUUGUACCAGAAUCUAAAUCGAAAAGCGACCGCAAUAGUAAUAAUAUAACAAAUGCAUUUCCACGCCAAUCGCCUGCUUUUCAACAACAACAACAACAGCCGCAGCAGCAGCACCAUCCACAACAACAACAGCAGCAGCAUUAUCAACAACAACAGCAGCAACAACAACAACAACACCAGCAACAGCAUAACAAUAAACAGCAACAUCACAAAUUAUCUAACCAUCAUUCGCCUAAGAUGCAUAUUCCAACUAAUCCAUUGGAAGAAUCUAAUAUUUCCACAAAUCGAGGUAACAUAUUAAAACAUCAACAGACAACAAAAUCUAAUAGCAGAUCAAAAAGACCUCCAACGCCUCCAUUAUCGCUACAACGGAUCUACCAACAGCCAGAAAAUAUGUUGUCAUGUUCUAAUACACAACAGGAAUUUAGUCAAGAGCAUACGUUUCAAACCAGGCAAAACACACAACAGCAUUGUUCACCAACACAAGAAAUUGCCAAAGCUGUGUCAUCAUAUACUUCAAUGCCUUCCGAUGAUAAUUUAGAGACACCAAGUUAUAAUUUCGACCAUUAUCAAGCUAUAACUAGCAUUGAAGAGCGACGACGAUAUAAGACUGAUUUCGAAAGAGAUUUCAAAGAAUAUCGCAGUUUGUUGGAUCGAAUUACUGCUGUAAAUUUACGUUUUAGAGGACUAGCUGAUCAAUUGGAUAACACACCUCAAGACUGUGCUGAUUAUGGAAGAAUAAAAGAGCAAAUAAUUGCCGAAUACUCCAGAAUUGUUAAUGAAGUAACGGUUCAAGAGGAAAAACGCCGUUUUAAUUAUCUACACGCCAAAUUGGCUUAUAUUAAACAAUUAGUAAGUGACUAUGAUAAGACUUUGACCAAUGGUAAUGUAAAUGGAACUAUGGAUAAUAAUAAUAUUUCGGCUGAUCACCAUACAAACUCUUCGCAACAAUCAAACUCUAAUGCUAAUACUGAUAAUAUUAUUUUUAUGUCACGAAAUACACGUCUUUCCCCAAUGGUCGGCAGUAGUGAGAGUAACUCGCCACCACUAUCUCAUCAAUACCACUCACAGUUUCAACAACAAAGUACGCGUUAUGAGCACCAUGACGUUGAAACGAUACAUAACGAUCAACUUAACAAUAUUCGUCUUGCAUCGCAAUCGUCUCCCUCGCAAACAAUCUAUAAUACCCACAAUGAUUCAGAUUCGUCUGAUGAUUCGUCUGACUCAAACGAUAACGACGAUGAAGACGAUGAUGAAUCGAAUUAUGAAGAUGAUGACCAUUAACAGCAAUUAUAAAAACAUGCAAACAAAAAUUAUAGAAAUUUAAAAGAAAAUUGUUAUAAUAA